GUUGUGAUAAACUUAUUAAAUAGAUUAAUAGUUAGCUAAUGGUUAUCUCCAAAUUCAUAAUUGGCUGAAAAGAAUGAGUGCACCUCCUCAUUUCAAUUCGCCCCCUCUAAUCAUAACCGACGACCCUGCUAGUCCCCCCGAAGAGACGAUGUCCCCCUCGGAAAUAGCCGCACCACAGGCAUCCCCUUCGACCUCAGGGGGUGGAAACAGUAACCCCACCUCAAAUGGCAGUAGUGUAAAUCUGUUGAGUGUGAGUAGCUACCAGUACGGGAAGAUUCUUGGCGAGGGAGCUUUCUCCACAGUCUUGCUUGUGAAAGAGCGAACUUCGGGUCGACGUUUUGCCAUGAAAAUGUGCAACAAAGACGAGGCUGUUAAAAAGAAAAUUGUCGAGAGGCUAAAACGCGAAAAGCUUAUUUUGUCCAAACUUAGACAUCCCCUGAUUCCCGAUUUGAUUGCCUGCUUCACAACACGAGAAGACGUCGUGUUCGUCUUAUCUCUGGCCAUCCGAGGAGACAUGGCACCUUUUCUCAGACGUCUCGGCUCAUUCGACAUGGACUGUACUAAAUUUUACAUCUCAGAAGUCGUGUUAGCUUUAGAGUACCUCCACAGUCAGAGAGUGUUACACCGUGAUCUGAAGCCUGUUAAUAUUCUCCUUAAACACGAUUAUCAUAUCCUGCUAACAGACUACGGAACUGCGAAGGACUUGAGUGAAGCGAGUCAAGGUUCAAAUGAAGUCGGAAGUGGCGACGAGCACAGUCGGGACGACGACGGCAAUCGCGGGCGCAAGUCUUCAUUUGUCGGAUCGCCACAAUUCGUAUCUCCCGAGGUGCUACAAAACAAAGCAGUAACUGAAGCAUGCGACUACUUUGCCCUAGGCUCAAUAAUAUUUCAAUUUCUAGCGGGAGAGGCGCCAUUUUCGGACGAGACCGAGUAUCUCAUGUUUUACAAGGUGCUAAAUCUAGAUUACUCAUUUCCAGAGGGUUUCCCUGCAGUUGCGAAAGACCUGGUUGAGAAGUUUUUGGUGCUAAAUCAUGAGGAGCGCUUGGGACACCCCAAAAUGGGAGGAUGCGAAGCUGUGAAGAAGCAUCCGUUCUUCGAUGGUAUCGAUUUUGAAAACAUUCUGACUUUGAGGCCGCCUAAGCUGCGUCCUUUCUUGCCUGCCUCCAGUUCUAGUGAAGAGCUGUAUUCGGACAUGACCCAAAUCAGCGAACAGGAAGAGGAGGAUGAACAGAAGAUAUGGUACGACAGACCCAUUGAUGUCUUCCACGGCUUCGACGACUCAGACGAAAUUGCUCAUCAGAAUAGCAGAAAGAAAUCGAACAACAAUCAAAGUGGUGCUUCAAACUCAUCGCAACAGCAAUCUAGCUUACAUCUGCAAAAGUCGGGAGUGGGGAACAUUUCAACUGAACAGUACAAGGCGCUCCUGCUGAGUCAACGUGAGGGAACCCCUUGGGAUGUGUUCGCGAAGGACAGACUAAUUAUCAAAAUGGGACUACUGGACAAACGGGUUGGCUACUUUUCGCGUCGAAGGAUGUUUCUGUUUUUACAGGGACCUCUCUUUUUGUACAUUGACCCUAAGAAUAAAGAAUCGAAAGGGGAGAUCAAAUGGUGCGACAGUUUGACUCCUGAGUUGAAGAACGACAAGAUUUUUUUCAUCCACGUGCCUGGUCGCGUAUACUACCUCAUUUGCCCGGAUGCCAACGCGAGAGAGUGGGUGGAAACCAUCAAUCGCGUGAAGGCCGAAGUGUUGGAAGCCACAAAUCAACUCAAACAGAUUAAUACAAGUUGAUUCUAAUUUUGUAUGGCACUUUAAAUCAGAGAGAGACCGAAAGCCAAUUUUUGUGUCCAGAAUUUUAAAAACUAAUUUAGUACUUUUGAUUCA